GAUUUCCACACGACCCCAGAAUAGCUGAGCUCCCAAGAUCUGCACUGUGACGGCAGUUACAGAUCCGCGGACUUGUUUUUUGCUUUGGCGUUGUGGUAAUCAGUCGUGCACCGGAGAUACAUUGAACAGACUGCUGGACGUCAAUGGGAGAGAGACGUGAAUAUUAAACCUCCACGUCCUCACCCCAUCGAUUGGUCUCUCCAUUCGGAUUCUAUUACAUACCAACAACCCCAAAGAGGUUCAAAGGCAGUCCUAUUUCUGGCAUUGGAAAACCGUCUUCGACCUUCUCUCAACUACACGCCAUCUCUAGUAUAGGAUAUACCACACACUACAUCACUAUGGGUAUCAGCGUAUUGUGGUCGGCCCCUGAGGUCAACCCCAUCAACAGAAAGGCCCGCACUAUUCCAGUCCUUAACCCCAUCAACAACUAUGGCCGUGUCUUCUUCUUCUCAUGGUUCGGUUUCCUGCUCGCUUUCUGGUCUUGGUACGCAUUCCCACCGCUCCUCAGCGAUGUCAUUGCCAAGGAUAUCGGUAUCACCAAGCACGAAGUCGCCAACUCCAACAUUAUCGCCUUGACUGCCACUCUUCUCGUUCGUCUCAUUGCCGGUCCCGCUUGUGAUCGCUUCGGUCCCAGAUACACAUUCGCCGGAUGCCUGCUUCUUGGUGCCAUUCCCACCUUCCUGGCUGGUACUGUCAAGAACGCUGCUGGUCUGUACGCUCUCAGAUUCUUUGUCGGUAUCCUUGGAGGUUCUUUCGUGCCUUGCCAAGUAUGGACCACUGGAUUCUAUGACAAGAACAUCAUCGGCACUGCCAACUCAUUGACUGCUGGUCUGGGUAAUGCUGGUGGUGGUAUCACCUACUUCGUCAUGCCUGCCAUCUACACCUCCCUCAUGAAGGAUCAAGGUCUGACUGGCCACGUCGCAUGGCGUGUCUCUUUCGUCGUUCCUGGUAUCUUGAUCACUGCUGUUGCUCUUGCUCUCUUCUUCUGCUGUGACGACACUCCCACUGGUAAGUGGGCCGAUCGCUUCCAGACUGCCGAGACCAACCUUCGCUCUCACGCUCUCGAGGGCGCCAUCGUUGAUGUUCCUGGCACUGGUGAGAUCUCAGGUGAGAAGGCUAGAAAGGAAGCUUCCCGCUCUCCCUCCACUUCAGACGUCGCUAGCGAGGAGAAGAAGCUCGACAACACCCGUGGUACUUUUGGCGAGAACGAAGCCCAGAUGGGCGAGGAACAAAUGGUCGACACCGUCCGCGGCGAAGUUGUACAGAAGCCCUCAUUCAAGGACGCCCUCCCCGUUGUCUUCUCUCCUCAGACUCUUGUUCUCGGUCUCUGCUACUUCUGCACUUUCGGCUGCGAACUUUCCGUCAACAGCGUCCUCGGAAACUACUACCGUGGUAACCUUGGCCUUGGUCUCCAAGAUGCAGGUAACUGGGCUGCCAUGUUCGGUCUUCUUAACAUUGUCUUCCGUCCCCUGGGUGGUCUGGCUUCUGACUACGCAUACCGCAUGUCCGGCCCCUGGGGCAAGAAAGUGCUUCUCCACGCCUACGUCACUCUGGCCGGUAUGUUCAUGGUCAUCACUGGUGUCGUGAACCCUCACUCUCGCCCUGCUCUCGUCGGUCUCAUCACCGCCGGUGUCGGUUUCUUCCUCGAAGGCGCAAACGGACUCAACUACUCCCUCGUUCCUCACGUGCACCCUCACGCCAAUGGUAUCGUGUCUGGUGUCGUCGGCGCUUCUGGAAACUUGGGUGGUAUCGUGUUUGCCAUCAUCUUCCGCUACAGCGUCGAUGGCAAGAAAACCUUGUUCGGACAGAGCUUCUACACUAUCGGUGCUAUUAUGAUGGCUAUUGGUGUUGUGACUUCUUGGAUCAAGCCCAUCCCCAAGGGCCAGAUCGGUGGUCGCUAGAACUCUUUCAUGAUUGUUUUGCACUUUUAUCUUCUUGGGCUUUUGGGGAUUUGGGAGGAUUCAAAG